AUGCCUAAAUCUGUUUCUAUUCCGAUUGCCUUGAGUGAGCUUAAAAGAACAUCUUUCCAAAGGUUAAGCUCAAAAAAAGGAAAGAAAGAGGAAAAGAAGCCGCCAAUGGAUAUGCCAAUCGGAAGAUUUGUCAUUCUUGUUCAAGAAACAGGCCAAGAUCAAGUUCGAUUAUUCAGUGGCAGCCCGAACUUGGACAUCGGAGACGAAAUUAUAGGAAUCAACGACGUUCAAAUUCUUGGAAAGAAACGUGAAGAAGUUCUAGAAUACGUUCAAGAGUGUAUUCGAAAAAAGGUUAUCCAACUUAAAAUACGUAGAAGAUUAUCGACCAUAGUAGCUCCAGGUGUUGUUGAAGGGCCUUCAACAUCGAAUCCUCUCAUCACAGACGCAUUUCUUGUUUCCGUUGAUAAAGAAAAUACAAAAGAGCUUAUCGACAAGUUGGAAAGGCUUUAUCCUUCUAUCAGAACGUUUGAUAUGGAAAGUAUCGCUGUGGGAAAACCACUAUCUUCAAUCCAGAGUACAUCCUUAACUGAAGAGAAACGGCUGAAGCAAUAUGAGAAUGAGAGACAAGAAAGGCUAAAUACUAAACUGCAGAGACAGAAGGAGAAUGAGUUUUUGAGAAAAUCUUUGCGAUCAUCUAAAAAGUUGAAAUCACUGGCUAUUUCGAAGGAGAACAGUCCGAAUAUUGCAUCGGAUAUUACAGAUGUAGCUGGUAAAAGCUAUGUGAAUGAAUCAUGUGAUGAAAAGGAGGAUAAUAACAACGAGGCCAUUCCAUUGAAUCAAGUUAUUGUGUCUGUUGAUAGAUUAACAGAUCACCUAUCUCGUAUGGCUGGGAAUGAAGAUGAUGUCAAAGUUCUUCGAGAUUUCUUCCAAUCUCAACCCAUACAAGAGGCUAUCCAAGAGACUGCUAGUAGACGCGGAGGGGAGAAUACGAAAAACCGAGACUCUUCUGCUUCCAAUCAAGUGCAAAAUGCUUCUGAGCCUAAUAUAUCGUCCAGCGACAGUAGUGUUCGUGUUGUCACGUUUCAUAAGGAGGAAGAUACCUAUCUAGGUGCCACAGUUCGAAAUGAAGAUAAUCGUAUCAUCGUAGGACGAGUAGUUCAGGGAGGAAUCGUGGAAAAGACUGGCCUUUUCCGACAAGGCGAUGAAUUGCUGGAGAUGAACGGAGUAGAACUGAGAGGAAAGAAAGUUGGAGAAGUUUGUGAGCUUUUGAGGAAUUUAAGCGGUGAAGUACGCUUUGUGGUUUCGUCUUCAACUGAAAAUGGCGAGGAAAAACAAACUGGUCCUGCAACAAUCCAACAUUUCCGCGCUUUGUUCGAUUAUGAUCCCGAGGAUGACAAAUACAUUCCUUGUAAAGAAUUAGCUUUGAAAUUUGAACGAGGCGAUAUACUUCAUGUCUUAAACAAAACGGAUGAGAAUUGGUGGCAGGCUUAUCGGGAGGGCGAAGAUACAAUUCAUCAACUUGCCGGAUUAAUUCCCAGCAGUUCAUUUCAUCAACAGGUUGUUAUGUACACUGAAGAAAUAGAUAAGGAGUUCAGACCUAAAAGAAAAAACCCUAAUAAACUCAUCCCCGAGGUCAUACGAACGCUAGGAAGGAAAUCUGGAAGAGAAGUUCAGAGAAGUGUAGAUGAAGGUGGUACAUCCAAUACAUUCGGAUUUCAUUCCGAUUUACUAACAUAUGAAGAAGUAGUUUAUCAUUUAUCGCGGUCAGACCAUCACCGUCCACUGGUUUUGUGUGGUCCUGAAGGAGUAGGAUGUUUACUGCUAAGACAACGUUUGUUGGAGUCAGAUACUCAGAGGCUUGCUAGUCCUGUUCCAUAUACAACCAGAGAACCGCGAGAAGGAGAAAUCGAUCACGUUCAUUAUCAUUUUAUUUCAAAACAACAGUUCAUGGAGUACUCAAGAGCUGGAAAAUUUGUAGAAUUUGGAGAGUAUCAGAAGCAUAUGUAUGGAACAGCUAAGCAAGACAUAAUAAAUGUCAUUAAUCGUGGAAAAACGUGUAUUUUUACUUUGAAACCUGAGAGUCUGUAUCUUGUUCGAUUGAAAGAGAUCAUGCCGUAUAUUGCCUUUAUAGCUCCACCAUCUCUUGUGGUUUUGAGAAAGCAAAGAGAGCAUCAGGGACAGUUUGAUGUGAAAGAUCAGCAACUGAAAUCAAUUUUGAAUCAGGGAAAACUAAUAGAACAGAAGUAUGGCCACCUGUUCGACGCUAUUGUUGUGAACACUGAUUAUGAACGUUCGCUCUCAGAGUUAAAAGCUAUAGUUCGUAAGUUGGAUACAGAGCCUCAUUGGGUUCCUUCUACCUGGAUAGAAGAAUAA